GCUUUUUGGUCGUGCUUUGCUCUGUGGGAGAACUGGAAAGAGGAAUACUUGCAAUAAAACAUUUUUUAUUUUUUAUUCCCAUGUAAUUAACUAUAUUUCCAAAAUGAAAGUUUCAUUUAAUGAUUCAAUGUUUUCUGUACAUAAUUGGUAACUGGCACUAAGACUGCUUAUUUCCCAGUGUCAAUAUUGACAAGCAGGUUCAAAAUGUCGAAGCGGACAGCAGAAGACGGUGGCAAUGGCAGCAGCAGCAGCCAGCCGCCGAUCAAAAAAGUUCACUUCGAGCCACAUCUUAUUGGACCAGUGUCCACUCUCGAAGAAAUGGAUAUAAAAGUCCUUCAGUUUCAGAACAAGAAGCUGGCACAGAGAAUAGAACAGAGACACAGAUGUGAAGCUGAACUCAGAGCAAGGAUAGAACAACUAGAAAAAAGACAAACACAAGACGAUGCUGUGUUGUGUGUUGUAAAUAGAUAUUGGAAUCUACUAAACGAGGACAUAAGAGUCCUGCUGCAACGCUUUGAUGCGGAGACUGCUGAUGAGUCUGAGAAUAAAAAUGAAAAUGAAGCAACCACAUCAUUUUUGAUGCAACUGUCCACAUGGGAUAAAGAAGAGCUUGAUGCUCAGUUAGCAAACCGUGUGCAAGUUAGUAAGCGGGCAGUGUCUAAAGUGCUGCAGGCCUUUGAUAGGUUGCAACAGAGAAAUGAUAAGAUAUGGAGAGCAAUCAAGGGUGAAGGAGAAGAAGGUGCACCUGCUCCAAUUUUGGAUGAAGUAGUGCGUGCCACUAAUGAAGAAGUGACCGCUGAGAAUCGUCGUCUUCAGGCUCUGUGUACGACAUUACACGAAAACCAUCACACCAUGACGCUCCGGGUGGCACAGCUUCAGGAUGCUGUCAACAGUCGCGAUACAGAGAAUGCAGAGUUAAAAAAUCAAAUUGAUGAUCUCCAAUAUGAGCUGAUGAAGGUACGGUCUCGUAACGAUAAAUUGGAGAACCACUUGGCUGAAGCGAUCGAGAAGCUGAAGAGCUACCACCAGUCGGGCGCGAGCGCGGGCCCCGCGCCGGCCGCCCCGCACUCGGCCGCCAGUGCCAAGCUCGAGGACAUCGCCGCUGAACUCGAGGAGCAGCGGGAGCUCGCCAACAAUCGGCUGGCUGAGCUGGACCGGCUGCAUCGACAGCAUCGCGACACGCUCAAGGAGGUCGAGAAGCUCAAGAUGGACAUCCGUCAGCUGCCCGAGUCGGUUAUAGUGGAGACGACGGAGUACAAGUGUCUGCAGAGCCAGUUCUCGGUACUCUACAACGAGUCUAUGCAGAUGAAGACCGCUCUCGACGAGACUCGUUUGCAGCUGCAGAACGCCAAGAAUCUACACAUGAGGCAAAUAGAGAUGAUGGAGAGCGAAGAGCUAGGCAGGCAGAAAGCUCUACGAGCAGAAAUGAUCCAAUUGGAAGAUGUUUUAGGUCAAUUAAGGAAAGAGUAUGAAAUGUUGCGUAUAGAGUUUGAACAAAACUUAGCUGCAAACGAACAGACUGGCCCUAUAAACAGAGAGAUGCGACAUCUUAUCACUUCACUACAAAACCACAAUCAGCAACUGAAGGGUGAGGUGCACAGAUACAAGCGAAAAUAUAAAGAUGCUAGUCAGGAACUAAAUAAGGUACGUAAAGAGAUGGAAGAGGUAGCCGGUCGCGGUACCGGUACUGAAACUAUAGAGGAGAAACCAUUAGCUGUCAAAAAAGAAGAACCCGACCCAGAGGGUGAGGAAGGCAGUUGCACGGAUAAUAAACCAGGUGCCAAAGAAUUGGCACGAGCCAAGCUACAGGAACAAGAUCAACUCAUCAAGGAUCUCAAGCUGCAGCUAAAGAAGGCAGUGAACGAGCAGAAAGAAUUGAAACUCUUGCUGGAUAUGUACAAGGGCGUGAGUAAGGAACAGCGAGACAAAGUGCAACUGAUGGCCGCCGAGCGGAAGGCCAGGCAGGAACUGGAGGACCACAGACAAAAGGCCAAAAUGGCACAGGAAAGCAAACGGGAACGUCGUCUAGCCGAUGAAGAUGCGCUUAGGAAAAUCAAACAGUUGGAGGAACAGAAAUAUGAGUUGCAGAAGCAGCUUUCCUGCGCUCGCCCUAACGCUGAUCCGCUGCACGCUUUCUCCAGGCCUUUCGCUGGUUCGCAGGAAGAGGAAGCUCUCCUGAACGAGAUGGAGGUGACCGGUCAAGCAUUCGAGGACAUGCAGGAGCAGAACUCCCGGUUGAUACAGCAGCUGCGAGAGAAGGACGAUGCCAACUUCAAGCUGAUGUCCGAGAGGAUCAAGGCUAAUUCCUUGCAUAAGUUGCUGCGAGAGGAGAAACAGCUGCUGCAGGAACAGGUGGUGACUCGCGACCAGCAGAUCGAGUCGAUGGGCGGCGUGGCGCGGCGGCUGGAGGAGAAGGAGCGGCUGCUGCAGGCCACGCUCUCCGCGGUGGAGAAGGAGCUGCUGCUGCGCCAGCAGGCGAUGGAGAUGCACAAGCGGAAGGCGAUCGAGUCCGCUCAGUCCGCCGCCGAUCUCAAGCUGCAUCUGGAGAAGUACCACGCUCAGAUGAAGGAAGCGCAGCAGGUGGUAGCAGAGAAAACAAGUGCAUUAGAAGCUGAAGCAUACAAAACAAAAAGAUUACAUGAGGAGUUAGCGAUAUUACGUCGCAAAGCGGAACGCAUGAAGAAAAUGGAGCAGGCAGGAAGCAGUAUGGACGAUGUACUACUUGAAGAGAUCAGGGAAUACAAGGAAACCCUCACCUGCCCCUCUUGCAAGGUGAAACGCAAAGACGCCGUUCUGACGAAGUGUUUCCACGUGUUCUGUUGGGACUGCUUGCGUACGCGUUACGAGACGAGACAGAGGAAGUGUCCCAAGUGUAACGCGGCCUUCGGUGCCAACGACUACCAUCGCCUGUAUCUUUCUACGUAGGCGACGCGUAUACGUACGCACUGGACAUAACCAAACUGGAACAGGUAAGAGAUCGUUCACACCGAGCAUAGAAGCAGAUAAACGCCGCCGAGAAAUAUAUAGUUUUAUAUUAAACAAUAUUUCUGUAACAAUUAGAUACUAUAAAAAAAAAAACAUGUCGGCUUUGUAAAUAAAGAAUGUUCAUAUACGAACGUUAAUAAUGUAAAUGCUAAAGCAUUCAAAUGAUAGUUGCCGAACGCAAUCACAG